GGCUUUCCAGAGAAUAGUUUGCUCUAGUGUCAGUCUAAAGUUUGCUUAAACUGGUUAAUCGCUGAAGAUGGCUUCCUGACGUUUUAUCCAAUGAAUGACUUGUGCAAACACAGUUAUCCUGAGAUUUACUUUGUGCUAAUAUUGGUGGACAUCUGCAGCAGGCGUGAAGAUAUUUUGAAAAAAGUUGGGCCUUACAUAUGAGUAGCAAGAUGCUGGAAAAAACCAUGAAGAGUUUUGGCAAGAAGUUGAUCCGACGACGUGUGGUAGACCUUAGCUUGGAAGAUACCCGUUUUGCACGCUGCCUCUCCACCCUGGACCUGAUUGCUCUUGGUGUGGGUAGCACUCUUGGGGCCGGCGUCUAUGUCUUGGCUGGGGAAGUGGCCAAGGAGCAAGCUGGGCCUUCCAUUGUACUCUGCUUCUUCAUUGCGGCUGUCUCAUCAGUUCUGGCGGGACUGUGCUAUGCCGAGUUUGGGGCCAGAGUUCCAAAGGCUGGUUCUGCCUACCUCUACAGCUUUGUGACAGUUGGGGAGAUCUGGGCCUUCACCACAGGAUGGAACCUCAUCCUCUCCUAUGUGAUAGGCACUGCAAGUGUUGCUCGUGCCUGGAGCUCUGCCUUUGACAACAUCAUUGACAAUCGCAUCUCCUUUUUCUUCCGGAACAACACUGCCCUGCACUUGGAGAAUGUGCUGGCUGAGUAUCCUGACUUCUUUGCCCUCUUCCUGGUGCUGCUUCUCACAGGCUUGCUAGCAUUUGGCGUGAGUGAGUCUGCACUAGUGAACAAAAUCUUCACUGCGAUCAACCUGCUGGUCCUGGGCUUUGUCAUCAUCUCUGGCUUUGUGAAGGGGGAUGUCAAGAACUGGAAUGUGUCUAAGGAGUAUUAUGAUAACCGGUCUGAAGAAGCUCUGAAGUCUAGAAUCAUAGCCGGUCAGUUUGGUGAUGGUGGCUUUUUCCCCUUUGGCUUUGAGGGGGUCCUUUCUGGUGCUGCAACUUGUUUCUACGCCUUUGUUGGAUUUGACUGCAUUGCAACAACAGGUGAAGAGGCUCGCAACCCUCAACGCUCCAUCCCUAUUGGCAUCAUUGUCUCCCUUCUCAUCUGCUUUGUGGCCUACUUUGGGGUUUCUGCUGCCUUGACUCUAAUGGUUCCCUACUUCUUGGUGAACAAGGAUAGCCCCCUGCCUGCAGCCUUCAAGGAUGUGGGGUGGGAGCCUGCCCGCUAUGUUGUGGCUGUUGGCUCACUCUGCGCCCUCAGUGCAAGCUUGCUUGGCUCCAUGUUCCCGAUGCCACGAGUGAUAUACGCCAUGGCUGAAGAUGGACUCCUUUUUAAGUCCCUGUCCCGUGUGCAUAGUCGCACCAAGACUCCCUUGGUGGCCACAGUUGUGUCAGGCAUCAUUUCUGCCCUGAUGGCAUUCCUCUUUGAGUUGAAAGACCUGGUGAACCUCAUGUCAAUCGGCACACUGUUGGCAUACUCAUUGGUAGCUGUUUGUGUACUCAUCCUCAGAUACCAGCCUGAGAUGGGUAGCUCGUCCAAGGACUUGGAGAUGUUGGAGGUGAAUGGAAGCGAAGAAGAGAAGGUGAUAAUGAAUGUCUCAAUCAACAGUAAUCAGACUAUGCAGACUACGCUCAAAGAGAAGUUCACCUGGGGGAGCCUUUUCUGUCCUUCUGGAGGGAUCCCAAAUCACAUUUCAGGACGCAUUGUCUACAUCAGCACCACAGUUGUCUCUAUCGCGAUCACUGUCUUGUGUGGAAUCCUGGCGCAGGAGUGGGAAGCGCUCAUGAAAGGCAACAUUGGUUGGGCUGUGGCAUGUGCGCUUCUCCUAUGUAUUUUGCUAGUUACCACUAUUAUCAUCUGGAGGCAGCCAGAGAGCAAGAAACACCUCACUUUCAAGGUGCCUGCCCUGCCAGUACUCCCUCUCUUUAGUAUCUUUGUGAAUAUCUAUCUCAUGAUGCAGUUGGAUGCAGGCACCUGGGCCCGCUUUGCUGUCUGGAUGGUCAUAGGCUUUGCAAUCUACUUUGGUUAUGGGAUCCGGCACAGCGUAGAAGCACAGACCAUUCGACAGUCAUCAUUAACAACAAACAAGCCUCUGAAUUCUGCUGGCUCUGACCUUAGUCCAGAUACAGCUAUCUGAGAGAAAGAAGUGAUGAUUCUCCACCUCUCCUGCCUUUCCCACAUCAUAGUUGCCCUUGAGCUCUUGCCUGCCUCCUGCCCUUCCAUAUAACAAGCAGGAGAAGGAAAGACCCUGGGUGGAUUGUUUCCCCUUGUCCUUGCAGUAAUCCCAAGCAAGGUUAUCCUGCAGGGGAGACAAGGCAAGCACCAACCUCAAGGGUGGGGGGGGGGGGAUCAGAUGCAAGGCACUGCACCACUCUUGCCCUUGAUAAAAACUGACAGGCAGGAAAACUGCCAUAUACCUGAUGUCUGUAUUUAUUGUCUAGCUAUACUGGCUAGAAGUUGCCUUUCUUUUUUGGAAGAAGCAUGUGUGUGGGUAAGGUGGCUGGAGGGUUAAAAAAUGUGUCUCAGUGCUCUUUGGUUGUAAAUUUUUGUUUUCCUUCUAACUUUUUUGGGUAAUUUUUUUAUCAGAAAUAUUGUUUUUUAUGAUUAAAAAUCCAAAGAACCUUUAAAAAAAAGCAAGGAGGGUUGAUCUGUCUGACUGCCAAUGUGUUGUGUGCCAAUUUUACUUAUUAAGCUUCUCUGCUAUGUACUAGGUGAUGGUUCUUCUGGAAUCACAGUUGCUUGGGGUGGUCCCAGGUCUCAGCCAAGUGACACUCAGGCUGUUGGAGAAUCCAGUAUCAACGGUUCUCAUUCCAGCCCAUCUUGUCUCCCUUGAAUGGCAAGAGCUAGUUGGAAUCACUGUAGCUCUUGCAAACGGCUGCAGCAUGGGUCAUUUAUUAUCUAGCACACAUCUCUAUUCCUGUGAGUAGGCUUUCUUUUAGCUAGAGCUCAGAUAGGUAAAACUACCCUAGUGGUGAUGUAUGUAGAGGUAAUAAACAUUCUGUGGCCAAAAAUUGAGCAUUGUGGAAACUAGACACUUUUCAGUUGUUUUGUAAUGUUUCGAACUGUCGUGUGCUGUAUGGUGUUUAAUAAUGGGGCCUGUGCCUGCUUCAAAUGUAGUAUGCAAGAGCCAGAUGCUCUUUGCCAAAGUCAUUUACUUGAAGUAUUGCUAACUGUACAUGUUGAAGCACACUUCCAAAAUUCUGUUUGUCAUAUGGAGGAAAAAUAUCAACAGAGCAUGGAAGUUCUGCCUAUUUCCACUUCCUCCUGACUUUACCAUGUAUCUGUCUCAUGCUUAUUUUCAGCCUUAAAACCUAGGAACUUGUCUGUGUUGGACUUUUUUUUUUAAUGUAGAUUCUCAAUACAGAAUUCUGUACAAA